AUGGCGCGCAACCUCCGCGCUCCGACCGCUCCCUACAGCGAGCCUCUACUCCCCCAACUCGAUGUGCAAAACCCCUACUACACAGACUUGCACCACAACCUACGUGCCUGGGUCCGUGAUUACGUCGAUACUUCCAUUGCACCCUAUGCAGCGGAAUGGGAAGCAGCUGGGCAAGUGCCCGAGUCAGUGCGUCGACGUCAUUGCGAACUGGGAUUCAGCAUCGUACACCCUCUCACAACCGAGGAGAACGCAGCCGGCCUGUCGUUGCCGGGGAAUGUCCCGCGUGAUAAAUGGGAUACCUGGUGCUCACUCAUUGUGUCGGAUGAAUUGACACGCGUGGGCUACGUCGGCGUCAUUUGGGGUCUUGGUGGUGGGAAUGGAAUUGGGUGUCCGCCGGUCGCCAAGUUUGGUACCCCCGAACAGCAAAAUCGAUGGCUACCUGGUGUUGCGAAAGGUGACAUCCGAUUCUGCUUAGGAAUUACCGAGCCUGAUGCUGGGUCUGAUGUCGCUAAUAUCCGAACAACCGCGAUCCGGGUUGGUGAUCACUAUAUUGUGAAUGGCGCGAAGAAGUGGAUCACAAAUGGCCUCUGGGCUGAUUACUGCACUGCUGCUGUGCGAACAGGAGGUGCUGGACGAUCGGGAAUCAGUUUGCUUGUUAUUCCCCUGGCUGCUCCGGGCGUGACUCGUCGGCGAAUGUUCAAUUCAGGUGUCCAUGCAAGUGGGUCGACUUUUAUUGAACUGGACGAUGUUCGGGUGCCUGUCGGAAAUCUUAUUGGAGAAGAGAACAAGGGCUUCGCACUCAUCAUGUCGAACUUCAAUCCGGAACGUCUGGCCUUAGCCUGCGCGUCGUUGCGAUUGGCCCGUGUCUGCGCUGAAGAUGCCUUCAACUAUGCAAUCCAACGCGAGACUUUCGGCUCUCCCCUCAUCCAAAAGGACGCCAUUCAAUCAAAGAUCUUCAAAUUUGGUCUCAUGAUUGAGCCGUCAUACGCAUUCAUGGAGCAGCUUGUAAAUAUCCUCGAGCUCACCAAGGAUCGGCCAGUAGACGAUGUCAAGAUUGGGGGAAUGACCGCCUUACUAAAGGUCAUGUCUACCCGCGCCUUGGAAAAAAGUGUUCGAGAAGCACAGCAGAUCUUUGGAGGGGCGGGGUAUAACAAGGCUGGCAAAGGAGCACGGGUCGAGCAGAUUAGUCGCGAUGCUCGUGUUCAUGUCGUCGGUGGGGGGUCAGAAGAAAUUAUGCAGAAAUUGGCCCUUCAGGAGGAGAUGAAGGCAUUGAGAAGUAGACGAAAGGCGCUUGAGAAACGUCAGUCGAAGGUUUAA